AACUCCAGUUGAGCUGUGCUUGAGUGUGAACCAUGUAGUGUCUCAGGAUGCUCUUGGGGCAGGGGGCAGCCCCGUGGGGUUUGGGGGGCUCUGCCCCCUCCUACAGUGCCCCCUCUCUCCUCGCCCAGACCCCGCUGGGGAGGAUCUCGAGUGCCUGAUGCGGUGCCUGAAGCAGGGAGGGGUGUCCCUCAUCGGGCGGCAGCGGUUCCUGACGCAGGAGCAGUGCCGCAAGUCCUUCAUCCGGCGCAACAAGAACCCCCACAUCAACGAGAAGGUGCACGCGGUGCGGGCUCUGCAGAGCACGCUCAAGGCCCUUCCUCUCGGCAGGCGAAGCUGGUGGAGCUGCAGGCUCUGGAGCAGCUGCUCAGCGACGCUGCGCUCACCUCGGAGAAGUUCAGGCGCUGGAAGGAAGAGCACCAGGAGCUGUACCAGGACCUGCGGGAGUGGGGGGGCUGGCAGCAGGGCCAGGAUGGCGAUGGGGGGCUCGGGGAUGAGCACGGCCCCCCCGAAGAGGCAGCUGAGCCCUGACACCCCACAAGGACCUCUGGCAUGAAGCAGUGCCCAUAAAGAUCACGGUGGGUGCUCUGCUGGGGGGGUGCACGAGGGGAUUUGUGACAGUUUUGAAGAUUCGGCCCCCACAAUGGACUUGCUACAGGAGAAGCAGCUUCUGCUUAAUCCCCCCUCCCUGGGUUAGGACGUUGCCGUGACAGUUGCUUUUUUAAGAGCGGUUUGUCUCAGCUGCACGUUGGCAACGGGGGCCUUUUCCCAGAGGAACGUGCCCCCACCACACACACCAGCGCGGUGCCACCAGCCAUCCCGGCCAAGGUCUCUUCUGCUGUAAAUAAAACUGCGUCAACGCGCCCCGAUUGUGCCGUGAUUUU